AUGGGCAAUCGUCCAGGAAGUAUUGUGAGUAAACAAAAACAUAAAAAAAGCAACACAAAUUUACCCUCACUUCCUUCACAACCAACAGAAUCAGCAUCAACAACUAAAACAACACAUUUUGAAACAUUUAUACUUGUUUGGCUUGAUCCUAAUGUUGAUUCAAAUAACGAAAAUUUGCAAACUCAAGAACGCUUACGAGAAAUUCUAACAUGUCUUAUAACAUUUGAUACAGUUGAAACAUGUGAACACUGGCUUAAAAAAUGUUCUUCCGAUGAAAAAAUUAUUCUCAUUGUAUCGGGUACAUAUGGACGAGAAAUUGUACCAAAAAUUCAUCACUUACAAGCAAUAAUUACCAUUUAUAUUUAUUGUUUGGAUGUUGAGCAUAAUAAAGGUUGGAGUCAAAAUUUCGCCAAAAUUCGAAAUGUUAUAUCUUCAACAGAUACUCUUCUACAUGAAUUAUCUCUUGAUCAGAUAAAUCUUGAAAGUGUUGAAGAUUCUAAAGCAUUAAAAAUUUAUAAACAUGAACAACAAGUUUGUUCUCUUGAUAUUAAAACUAUGUCAUUCGUAUAUUAUCAACUUUUACUUGAAAUUCUUAUAUCUCCGAGCUAUAUAACAACACAAGGGACGUUUUAUGAGCUAAUUCAUACUCUUCGUCAGUAUAGUUCUGAUGAUCAAUAUGGUACAAAUCUAAUUAAUGAAUUCCAAAAAACAUAUCAUCGAAAUAAAGCUGUAUCAUGGCUUAUACGUGAUACACCCUUGAUACGUUUUGUUAAUAAAGCAUUACGUGAACAAGAUAUUGACAUGCUUUUUGAAUUACGUUUUCUUCUUGUUGAUAUUCAUUCUCAAUUAACCACCCAUCAAGCACGAUCACUCAAUGUAUAUAAAUUACAACUUAUGUUGAAAAAUGAAAUGGAAAAUAUUCGAGCAAAUCCAGGUCAAUUACUAAUUGUAAAUGGAUUUCUAUUUGCAUCGACUAAUAUGUCUCAAUUGAUGUCUACAAUUACGAAUAAUGAUCAAUAUGAAACAAUUUUAUUUGAUAUUAAAGCAGAUUUUCGUCCUGGUGUAGUUCCUUUUGCUUUUCUUCGUGAUAUUGAUUCAAGUAUACAACAUAGAAUAGAUCGAGAAGUACUUUUUAUGUGUGGUUCAAUAUUUGAAGUUGGUCCAUUAAUAUAUGAAGAUUCUAUAUGGAAACUUCAAUUAAAAUUAGCUAGUGAAAGUGAUUCAUCAAUAUUAUUUCAUAUGAAAGAAAAAUUGAGAGAAACUAAAAAUUUAAGUAUUAUUGGUGAUCUAUUAAAUCAAUACGAUCAAGAAGAAAAAGCUAAUAUUUAUUAUGCAAGAAUUUCUAGUGAACUACCAAAAUCUCAUACUUUCGUAACACCAACCAAUAAACAAUCAAUUAAAAAGUGUACCAGAUCAAAUUCUAACUCUUUUCCUAAUGUUCCAUUUAUUCUUGUAAAUUUAUCUGAACAUAUGUCUGAAUUUGCUUCAGCUGUGUUAAAUAUUCUUUCUUCUGUAACAUCCAAACUUAUACAUGUUAUGAAUGAUGUAUCAUCUGAUGAUUUUUAUCAAUGGCCUAAAAGACCAAUAUCAAUAUUUACCACUGCACAAUUCAUAUCUCCAUUAGAAAAAAAAAUACCAAAGUAUUUAAAAACUUUUGUAUUCAGUGAUAGCAAAAAUAAUACUGAACAACAACAAUUUACAACUAUUGAUGAAUUAAUAUGCCGAUUAGUUGAUGAAAUAAUUCAACAUUAUCGAUUCGAGGCAAAUGAAUUUAUUAAAAUGGAGAAUUCAAUUAAAGCACAAGAACAAUAUAAACAAAUAAAUCGAAUUUAUCGUGAAUUAAGAAAAAUCGAUGAGAAAUUUUCAAAAAUUAAUUCUUCUGAGAAACAAUCGGAAAAUAUUGCACCAGUAUUAAUUUGGUUAUUAUCAAAUUUAGGAAAUGACGAGAAAGACUCAAAGUUUAUUGAAGAAAAGUUCAAAGAUAAUUUUUCAUCAUAUCUUACUUUUUAUGAUGAAUCUGAAUUUCAUUCUCGUUUAGUUAUCGGAGAAAAUGUAACUGAUAUGUUUAUUAUCAUUUAUAGCAAUUAUGAAGAAUUAAUUGUACAGAAUGUACGUGAAUUACCUAAUGUUAGAUAUGUUUAUUAUUAUGGAGAAUCAAAAAAGAAGAGUGAUAAUAUUAUAACAGAUCGAGAUGAUCUUUUUUAUCGUCUAACAUCUAAUCUUAUUGAUUAUUAUGCGAAAUUAGGUGAAAAAUAUCAAACUAAUAAACAAUCAAAAGAAGCUCGAAAAAUAUUUUUAAAAGCACAAAAAUUGUGUCGCCUUUUAUCAGAAAAUUGCUUUUCACCAGAGUGA